UUGGUCUGGUGACACCUCCACCCGAGCCGUGCCGUCUGAAGGACUGCAACCGGAAGCUGUAAUCAGCUGAUGGAGGAGGAGCCGCAAGCGAGGUGAGCCAUCUUCCCCCGGCAGAGUGAGACACGCUGAUAGAGUGAGACACGCUAACAGAGCCAGAGUGAGACACGCUAAUAGAGUGAGACACGCUAACAGAGCCAGAGUGAGACACGCUGAGAGCCAGCCUGGGUUACGGACACGGGGAGUCAUCUGGGAAUCCCGGAGUCAUCUGGAGACAGAGACGUUUACGAGACGCCGGACAGCCGGUGUCAGUCUGGAGGAAGACAUCUGAAGGAAGACAUCUGAAGGAAGACAUCUGGAGGAAGACAUCUGAAGGAAGACAUCUGGAGGAAGACAUCUGGAGGAAGACAUCUGGAGGAAGACAUCAGAGCCGACUGAGGAAUAUAUCAGCUCCCAACGUCAGAGAGGAGGUUCCUAUACUAAUACAAAGAAAGGCAAACAUUGAGCUGCGUAGAGCAGCUGAUUGGCUGAAAGCAGCACAACGUCGGGAUGAACAACUUCAUGACUUCCUAAAGACUUCACAUCAACACCAGCCGGCGUUGUGCAGCUCUGGUCUGUCUCAGCCUCACACCAGCAGGAAAAAGGAAAAGGCCUGAGAGUCGCAGUCGUCCGGACUCGGAAGCGGUUUAAAAAGUGGAUGUAAUGGAACUGAUGUUCGCCGAGUGGGAGGAUGGGGAGAGGUUCUCCUUCGAAGACUCGGACCGGUUCGAGGAAGACUCCCUGUGCUCCUUCAUCUCAGAGGCCGAGAGCCUCUGUCAGAACUGGAGGGGAUGGAGGAAGCAGUCCGCUGGACCCAACUCCCCGACUGUCAAGAUUAAAGACGGUCAGGUGAUUCCACUGGUGGAGUUGUCAGCGAAGCAGGUAGCGUUCCACAUCCCGUUUGAGGUGGUGGAAAAGGUCUACCCACCUGUCCCAGAACAGCUCCAGCUCCGCAUCGCCUACUGGAGCUUCCCCGAGAACGAGGAGGACAUCAGGUUAUAUUCCUGCCUGGCUAACGGGAGUCCGGAUGAAUUCCAACGUGGAGAGCAGCUGUACAGGAUCAGAGCUGUCAAAGACCCCCUGCAGAUCGGUUUCCAUCUCAGUGCUACCGUGGUGACCAGUCAGUCCGGUCAGUCCAAAGGGGCCUACAAUGUGGCGGUCAUGUUUGAUCGCUGCCGCAUCACUUCCUGCAGCUGCACCUGUGGCGCCGGGGCUAAAUGGUGCGCCCACGUGGUGGCUCUCUGCCUCUUCAGGAUCCACAAUGCAUCAGCAGUGUGUCUGAGGGCUCCGGUCUCUGAGUCUUUGUCCAGGCUGCAGAGGGACCAGCUCCAGAAGUUCGCCCAGUACCUCAUCAGUGAGCUGCCUCAGCAGAUCCUUCCCACAGCUCAGCGGCUGCUGGACGAGCUGCUGUCCUCUCAGUCUACUGCCAUCAACACUGUGUGUGGAGCUCCAGAUCCCACAGCAGGCCCUUCAGCUUCAGACCAGAGCACUUGGUAUUUGGACGAGUCGACCCUCAGCGACAACAUCAAAAAGACUCUGCACAAGUUCUGUGGGCCCUCACCUGUCGUCUUCAGUGAUGUGAACUCCAUGUACCUGUCAUCCACGGAGCCGCCAGCCGCCGCUGAAUGGGCGUGUCUGCUGCGGCCCCUGAGGGGCCGAGAGCCGGAGGGCAUCUGGAACCUCCUGUCUAUCGUCAGGGAGAUGUUCAAGAGACGAGACAGCAACGCCGCCCCGCUGCUGGAGAUUCUCACUGAACAGUGCCUCACCUAUGAACAGAUCAUCAGCUGGUGGUACAGCGUUCGGACCUCAGCGUCCCACAGCAGCGCCAGUGGCCACACGGGACGCAGCAACGGCCAGUCGGAGGUGGCGGCUCACGCCUGUGCCAGCAUGUGUGAUGAGAUGGUGGUGCUGUGGAGGCUGGCGGUGCUCGACCCCACUAUGAGCCCCUGCAGGCGUCUGGAACUAGCAGGCCAGCUGAAGCAGUGGCACCUGAAAGUUAUAGAGAUAGUGAAGCGGGGACAACAUCGCAAGUCCCUGGAUAAACUGUUCCAGGGCUUCAAGCCCGCUGUGGAGUCCUGCUAUUUCAACUGGGAGGUGGCCUACCCACUGGACGGCAUCACCUACUGCAGCGCUGAUAAGAAGAGCGCCACAUUCUGCUGGUCCAGGGCAGUGCAGCACCAGAGGGGGGUCAAAGCUGCUGCAGGGGCAGGCGGGGAGCCUCCUGAACCGGGGAGGGGGAGAGGUGAAGGCGGAGCUGGAGGAGAUUAUAAAGGAAGAGGUCACUCGUCCCAACAGGAGGUGGCAGUGCGACCCAAGGAGACCAUACUGACCAAGAGGAAAGGUCUGUCAGUGAGCGGAGGGGGAGGGAUGCUGGUCCGUCUGGGAGGGGGCGUCUCACUGUCCCUGGAAGACGGAGGAGGGAAGUGCAUGUACAAAGGGCCGGGCUCCUCCUCGGGCGGGAAGCUGAAACUGACACAGGGAGGCGGGAAGGGGGCAUCUGUAGGUGGUCCAGGAGGAAGUGGAGGGACAGGAGGUGGUAAGCAUGCUGGUGCCAAGCGGAGAACCAGCAGUGAAGACAGCUCCCUGGAGCCGGAUCUGGCCGAGCUCAGCCUGGACGAUGGUUGCAGUCUGGCUCUCGCGGAGGCCAGCAACACCUUUGAGUUUCUCCCCCCGCCACCCGAGAUGCUGCCCUCCCCGAGCCCGCUGCUCCGAGACUCCCGUAAGUACAGCAACAGCAACGGGGGGGGCAAAAUGUUUGAGGCGAAGCGUGUCAGCCAUGCCUCAACUGCACUUCCUGCUGCAGAGCCUGCUCCACCACACACAGUGCUGGUUGUUAUGGACAUGCCCAGCGCUGCAGAGAAGGAAGCGGAGCCGGAGGUGACGCCUGCCCAGAACAAAGAUGAAGAUGUAGACUCGGCUGGCAGUAACCAACCUUCCACCUCAACCACCACGGUAAAAUCAGGCACCACUCAACCGUCUGUCAAGCCACUGAGGGCCCGCAGAGAGGCGUCCUCUGGUGGAGCAGUAGCAGGGAGCGGGGCAGCAGCUGCAGGAGGACUGGUCAACCAAGGAGCGGAGGCAGCGAGUGGAGCUGCAGGAGGAGAAGCUGUGGGUGAGGACGACUAUCAAGCGUACUACCUGAGUGCUGCCUCAGAGGAGGGAGCAGAUAGACAGCUGGCUGAAAACCACCAGGAGGAGGAGCCAGACAUCUUUGCAGGGAUGAAUCCUCUGGAGCAGGAGGAGCACAUGGAGGUGCUGUUUGCGUGUGCCGAGGCCCUCCAUGCUCAUGGUUACAGUAAUGAGGCGUGCCGGCUGGCCGUGGAGCUGGCCAGAGACCUGUUAGCCAACCCUCCAGACCUGAAAGUGGAGCAGCCACAGACUAAAGGUAAGAAGAGCAAGGUGUCAACCAGCCGUCAGACGCAGGUGGCCACUAACACGCUGUCAAAGGCCGCCUUCCUCCUCACUGUUCUCAGUGAACGACUGGAGCUCCACAACCUGGCCUUCAGCACCGGCAUGUUCUCCCUGGAACUCCAGAGACCACCGGCAUCUACCAAAGCUCUGGAGGUGAAGCUGGCCUACCAGGAGUCGGAGGUGGUGUCUCUGCUGAAGAAGAUUCCUCUGGGCCUGGUGGAGAUGUCGGCCAUCAGAGAGAGAGGAGAGCAGCUCCGAGACGGAAACUUCUGUGAUUACAGACCUGUGCUGCCUCUCAUGUUGGCCAGCUUCAUCUUCGAUGUGCUGUGCACCCCAGUUGUGUCCCCAACGGUCCGUCCGCCAAGCCGCAACCGUAACAACGAGAUGCCCGGUGAUGAGGAGCUGGGCUUUGAGGCUGCCGUUGCUGCUCUUGGUAUGAAGACCACAGUAAGUGAGGCGGAGCAUCCUCUGCUUUGUGAAGGAACCAGACGGGUGAAAGGGGACCUGGCUCUGGCUCUCAUGAUCACCUAUAAGGACGACCAGAGUAAACUCAAGAAGAUACUGGAUAAAUUAUUGGACAGGGAGAGUCAGACCCACAAGCCCCAGACUCUGAGCUCCUUCUACUCCAGCAAGCCGGCAGCUGGCAGCCAGCGCAGCCCGUCCAAGCACACUGCUGCCGGCCACGGCGGGGCCGCGGGGGGAGUCUCCAAACACGCGCCUGCGUCUUCGUCGGCGACCGCCAUCGCCACCUCUUCUUCCGGCUCUCCCUCUGCCGCAGCAGUGGCGGGUGAAGAGGCAGCUCAUCAGGCCGAUCUGAACACAGUGCAGAACAACAGUACAGCAGGAGAGAGCACUGCUGAGACCAGGGAGCACGUGUCAGAUGGGCCUCCUUUAUCGAGUGACCAGCAGAAUGAAACGGCUCCUUUCAAGCUGGAGGCCACGGUGCCCAGUCGGCUGGCACUGGGGGCACGCUGUGGCUACAACCAGCGCUGCUGGGGCUCUCCUGUCCGGCAGAAGAAGAAACACACCGGCAUGGCGAGCAUCGACAGCAGCGCUCCGGAGACCACCUCGGACAGCUCGCCCACUCUCAGCCGCCGGCCGCUCCGGGGAGGCUGGGCAGCCACAUCUUGGGGGCGGGGCCAGGACAGCGACAGCAUCAGCAGCUCUUCGUCUGAUUCGCUGGGCUCCUCCUCCUCAAGCGGCUCUCGCAGGGCAGGGGGCGGGGCCAGGGCCAAGAGCACCGACACCAGCAGGUACAAAGGGCGACGACCGGAGUGCCAUGCCCCCCACGUGCCCAACCAGCCAUCGGAGGCAGCAGCCCAUUUUUACUUCGAGCUGGCCAAGACAGUGCUGAUCAAAGCCGGAGGAAACUCCUCCACCUCCAUCUUCACCCAGCCCUCAGCCAGCGGGGGCCACCAGGGACCCCACAGAAACCUGCACCUGUGUGCCUUUGAAAUCGGCCUGUACGCUCUUGGCCUCCACAACUUUGUCUCGCCCAACUGGCUGUCCAGGACCUACUCCUCCCAUGUGUCCUGGAUCACUGGCCAGGCCAUGGAGAUCGGCAGCGCCGCCCUCAACAUUUUGGUGGAGUGUUGGGACGGCCACCUCACCCCUCCAGAGGUGGCGUCCCUCGCCGACCGAGCAUCGCGGGCCCGGGACCCCAACAUGGUUCGGGCGGCAGCGGAGCUGGCCCUGAGCUGCCUGCCUCACGCCCAUGCCCUCAAUCCUAAUGAAAUCCAGAGAGCCCUGGUGCAGUGCAAAGAGCAGGACAACUUGAUGCUGGAGAAGGCCUGCAUGGCAGUAGAGGAAGCGGCCAAGGGCGGAGGAGUGUACCCCGAGGUUCUGUUUGAGGUGGCUCACCAGUGGUACUGGCUGUACGAGCAGUCUGUGGGUGGGGGCUCAGGCCAGCAGCGGGAGACCUCCGGGCGCUGCGGGGCCAACGGGGGCUCGGGCAGGAGGCCCCCGGAGACCAGCUGCGUUGUCCUCGACGCCGGCGCCAACAUGGAUUCGGUGGGGGUGGCGACGGUCACGGCCUCGGUCACCACAGCGGCCGUCGUGCCCGUCAUCUCUGUGGGCUCCACCAUCUAUCAGUCCCACGCCAUGCCGGGGCAGGCCAUGGCUCACCCCCACAGCCAGGGCCUCCACCCCUACACCACCAUUCAGGCCCACCUCCCCACCGUCUGCACCCCCCAGUACCUGGGACACCCUCUGCAGCACGUCCCCCGGCCCACCGUCUUCCCUGUAGCUGGGGCUGCAUAUCCACAGGGAAUGCACCCAGCCUUCAUUGGGGCCCAGUAUCCGUUCGCCAUGGCCACUGUCCCGCAGCCUCCGAUGACAGCCACGGCUGUGACCUUCCCCGGUGUCCCCGUACCGUCCAUGACUCAGAUCGCCGUCCACCCGUACCACGCUGAGACGGGCCUGCCCCUCAGCACCACCGUAGCAGUAGGCAGCGUCCACUCUGGCCCCACCAUCCAGGCCAUACAGGGGACGGCCAUGCCCUCCCUCUCCUCCCAGCCCGGCUCAUUGGUCAGCACUCCUUUCCCAGCAGAGGACGAGCAGCAUAGUCAGCCAAUCAGCCAGCAGGGCCUGCACUACCUGCAUUCUGCCUACAGAGUUGGCAUGCUGGCAUUGGAGAUGCUGGGCAGGAGGGCUCACAAUGACCACCCCAACAACUUCUCCAGGAGCCCGCCUUACACCGAGGACGUCAAAUGGCUGCUGGGACUGGCUGCGAGGCUAGGAGUCAACUACGUGUACCAGUUCUGUGUCGGAGCAGCAAAAGGCGUCCUCAGUCCGUUCGUCCUGCAGGAGAUCAUCAUGGAGGCUCUGCAGAGGCUGAACCCCGCCCACAUCCACGCCCACCUCCGAACGCCUGCGUUCCACCAGCUCGUCCAGCGCUGCCAACAGGCCUACCUGCAGUACAUCCACCACCGGCUCAUCCACCUGACGCCGGCCGACUACGACGACUUUGUCAACAUCAUCCGCAGCGCGCGCGGCGCUUUCUGCCUGACGCCCGUGGGCAUGAUGCAGUUCAACGAUGUGCUGCAGAACCUGAAGAGAGGCAAGCAGACCAAGGAGCUGUGGCAGCGCAUCUCCCUAGAGAUGGCCACCUUCUCCCCCUGAGCAGCAAGCCCCCGGGGGAGAGCGUGCUGGGCAGGGGCCCCUGAGGAGCCCCAUCCAGCCUCCAGCACUGCUACUGCCACUGGCCGCGUUCACGCCGUCUGGUUCUGUUGGGGUCCACGCUCUCCACUAUGUGGACUCAAACGAACACAGCACACAGGCAGCACAAUCAGCUCCCCCCCCGACCCACAGAGACUUGUUAUGUGUGUUGGUCCACCCAGAGCUCAGAGGAGGAGCCGGUGUCACUGACUCCUCCCUUCCCGUUUUAUCAUGGUUCAUGUUUGUGUAACUGUGGAAAUUAAAGUGUACUCCUUCCUUUCUUCAUCUUACUCGUCUCUUCCAUUCCCCGAAACUGAGGACACUAUCGGGGAACUCUCACCCUCCAUCCUCUCAAGUAUUUUUGUUUUGUUUUGUUUUAAAUGAAGCCGCCGUGUUUGGGUCAUUU